GUCAUUUGCGUGUAACGAUGAGACUUCAGGCUCUGGUCGUCGUGCUCUUUCAAGUGGGACUUUCAGCAUCCGUUGAGAUUGUCUCCGGCUAUCUCGGAGAUUCUGUCACCCUGCCUUCAGGAAUCGAUCCCUCAUGGAGUCUGGCCACUAUUGAGUGGUCAAUAUUCACCAACAUCACUUUGAUCGCCACCUAUCGGAGGGGGGAGGUAAAAACAGAACGCUUCUGGCGGUAUAAAACCCGACUUGGCCUCAACACGUCCUCCGGGGACUUAACGAUCAGAAAUCUGAGCAGAGACGAUGCCAUAAAAUACACCGUCAACCUUAUAAACACAGAGAAAGAUGAAUUCAUCAACAACAUCAAAGUCAGCGUGAGCCAGCGCCUCCAGCAGCCCACCGUGCAGAAGCUGUUCAGCCUGCCUGAGGAUGGAGGCUGUUUGAUGGCACUGCGGUGUUCCUCUCCAGAUGAAGGUGUGGACAUCUCCUGGCAGAUUCGCCCUGCCCACACGAUGGUGUUGAACAUGACUUACCCUCAGGGCAGAGCGUCAGUGCUGUUAGCGUCUCUCAGCGACACCUCAGAGAGCCAGGUGGAGUUCAUCUGCACGUCCAGCAGGAGCGUGGACAGAGCCUCCUCGGCCCUCGUCGAAACAUGUCACGAUAAGCCUGAGCUGAGUCCUGGUCCUGAGCCGACGCCUGACCUCGAUUAUAAACCUAAUCCUGAUCACACCAGGGACAGAUUUUCAACUGGUUUUUUAGUGGGAUUAAUAGUCCCAGGAUUUCUGAUGCUGUUGUAUUGUUUAAGAGGCUACCUGAGGAAAAACACAAACAAAAGAAAUGCUUCCUGACAGUGUGGAAUAUGGAAUAUGAAGGAAACUGAAAAAAAGAAGAUGGAACAGAAAUCGUGGUUGCAGUACAGCUGUUAGUUUGAAAUGCAUUCAAAAAGUGGUGCAGGUCAUCACAUUUUUUUAUUUGAGAUUUUUUUUUUGCUUGGAUUUCUUUGUCAUAUGCACCCUGGCACUUUAUAUUGUUAUGGUGUGUGUAAUUUGUAACAAAGUGUAAAGAUGCUGAAACAUGAUUAUUCUGUAAAUAACUUGUUUUUCUGUAAAUGAAGUGUAAAUCUUUUAGUUUUUUUUUUUUUUUUUGCUAAUAAGUUAGCAUGGUCACUCACCAGUGCUUGUAUCAGCACUGCUUAAAAGCAGAUACAUUUUAAUGAAACUUGUUGAACACCUUAGGUCUGACCCAGAAUACAAACCAUAAAACUUUGGAGCACCUCUUUUUUUUUUUUUUUUAACUUGUGUUUGAAGAUUAAAGACGUGCCAUUUUGCUAUCAUGCUAAUGCACCCCACACUUCUGAUGGUAAUAUCACAUACAUUUGGCAUUUGAAUAAAUACAUAUACAACCUCUGGCAAUAAUUAUGGAAUCACCGGCCUCGUAGGAUGUUAAUUCCGUUGUUUAAUUUUGUAGAAAAAAAGCAGAUCACUGACA